AGAGCCCUACUGGAGUCACUUAAUCGACUUGACCAGUUUUGCACAAACGUGUCUUUAAGACGCUGAUUGACUGUCGACAAGAAAAGUUUCACAUUUGCGACGCCCUGCAUUAUCCAGACAUCCUGAAAUCCCAGGGAACACAAUAGAGCUUUAACUUGUUCUGAAUUGAGAUUUAUUAUCCAUUUUUAACAAUGGAAAAUGCAACUGAAGAAGACUUAACAUCCAGUGAUCUUAAAAGAAUUCCAGAAUCGGUUAUCGAGAACAAACAUGUUGUAAAGCUCCUUUUGGAUUUUAAUGAAAUUGAAUUCUUACCAGAAGAAUUUGGAUUAUUGACCUCGUUAAAAACAUUUUCAGCAAGUGGAAAUAAUUUUACUGCCCUUCCAGACUCCAUUGGAGACCUUGUCAAUUUAGAAGAUCUUGAUUUAAAUGAAAACAGAUUAUCAAAAUUGCCUGACUCCUUUUGUAAGUUAGACAAGUUAAAAUCUCUAAAAUUGAAAAGCAACAUUUUAGAAACUUUGCCAGAUAAUUUUGGUGAACUAAUUAGUCUGCAGCUAUUCCACUGUGAUGAAAAUGCGCUCAGAAAGUUACCAAAAACUUUUGGGUUGUUGGAAAACCUGUUUGAACUGGACCUCUGCUCUAAUGUGAUAGAAUCUCUCUUGGAAGGAUUUGGAAUGCUGAAAUCUCUACAGGUGCUAAAUCUCAGCAAUAACAAAAUAUCAAAUAUUCCAGAAAGUUUUGGCAAUUUACCUAACCUAGUCAGUCUUGAUCUGUCUUCAAAUAACGUGAAAAAUCUUCCAAGCAAUUUCAAAUCUAGUCACUGCAUCCAGAAAAUCUACAUUGAGAGCAAUGUUCUACAAACUUUGCCUGACUGGUUUUCAGAACUUGACAGUUUGGUUGAGAUUUCAAUUCAGGAUAACCAAUUGCAGGGUCAAGCAUUAUCUGAUAAAUUUCCAUGUCAUAGUCAAAAUCUUAAACAUUUAGACAUAAGCGGUAACUUUAUGUCAAAACUGCCCUCAGAAUUGGGUGCCAUGAAAAAAAUAGAGUUUAUUCAUCUAGGCAGUGUAAUUGGAGAACUGGAACGGCGCAAUUUCCAGAAUGGUAACUGGCUUGCAGAGAUUCCUGACAGUAUCUGUGAGCUGGUUAAUCUUCGGGAGCUACAUCUGGAUGAGAACCAAAUAAAUGAUCUACCUGCAGAGUUUGGGAAGCUGGUCUCUCUGGAAAUUCUGGAUCUAGGGCAGAAUCUUCUCCAUGUCUUACCAGAGUCAUUUGGCAGACUGAGCUCUCUGAGGAUAUGCAUGCUGUCCAAGAACCACCUGAUGUGGUUGCCAAGCAACUUUGGUGACCUUUCAGCACUGGAAGAUCUCCGUCUAGAUGACAAUGAGAUAGCUGAGCUGCCUAAGUCGUUCUGCAAGCUGACCAAGUUGAAGACGCUAGAUCUGUUCAGUAAUCGGCUUACAGAGGUCCCCAGCGCUCUACAGCACCUGAAGAACCUUGUCAGGCUCGACAUUGAAUCAAAUGAUUUCUCCCUCCCUCUCACUGAGAUUCCGAUGAUUAUCACCAAGACGCGAUACCCUGAGCGCGAUCCAAGUCUCAAGGACAACUGGCGAGGCCGUGCCAGGCAAGACCUGCCUUACCUACAGAAUGUCAUCAAGGUUAGCACAGAGAAUGUGAGCAUACCAGACUUUGAGGCCCCUCCCUCUGACCUUCCCUUUAACGAGGACUUCCUGGCGCGUGCAGCCAUGCGUAGCAUGUCGAUCUGGAGAAGUCAUGCAGACACGACCCAGGACAGACGGCCCUUCAGACGCAAGACCAGGCCACCGAGUUUCAAUGCAGCUUUUAGCUAUGAAGAAGAUGACGAUGACAAAGGGAGUUCUGGAGAUGCUGAUAGUGUUGACAAUGAGGAGGGGGUAGGGUCAUGUGACAGUCGUGGGUCAGGCUCGGACUAUGACAACAUCCACAACCCUGACGAUGAGUUUGAGCCUCCUGUGUAUGUGGAGGCCAAGAAAUGGAGCGGUUACAAACCACCAGAGCCGCCCUUCACAGGGACACACGUGAGUGUGAAGAUGCAGCUGGAAGAGACGGAGAACUGGGAGGAGGAGAUUGAGCAGAACAUACAACAACACGGCACAUAUAAUUCACCAGUUGUGUACAUCGAUCCACUGAAGAUCUACUACCCGCCCAUUGACAACGGUCUGUUCACGUUUGUGCCCGUGGAUCUUCACGAGAGAGAUUACAUCAAGCGUCCUGAGAACUAUGCUGUCGAGGAAAACCAGUUUGAGAAUUGUGAUAGUGACGAGACGGAGGAUGUGCGUGUGGAUCCAGUCUUCUGAUUUGAUUUCUGACAUAUUUUAACACUAUUCCACUCACAUAUGCACUUUGAUGGUUGGUUAGUUCCAUAGAAAAUAUAAUUAAAUUUGAGGUCUUUUUUUCUUGAUUCAAAUUUUGAAAGUUUCAUUUUCAUCUCAUCCCUUAGGUACUAAUGAGCAGCAAACAGCAUAAUUAUUCACAGGCUGCUCUGGUUUUAUGCUGGUUGCACAUAUAUAAUAGCCAUUUCAAUUUGCUUAUGCGCUUGAAAGGGUUUACUAGGAACAAAGUGUUAUAAGAUUAUUGAUUUACCACUUGACAACAGUAUAUUUGAGAGCUGCGAUAGUGAUAUAUAAUGAGAUUAUGAUCUCACUUGAUUUCUGUAAUAACAAUCGUUAUGCCCCCCUUCGAAGAAGAGGGGGUAUAUUGUUUUGCACUUGUCAGUCUGUCGGUCGGUCCAUCCACCAGAUGGUUUCCGGAUGAUAACUCAAGAACGCUUAGGCCUAGGAUCAUGAAACUUCACAGGUACAUUGAUCAUGACUGGCAGAUGACCCCUAUUGAUUUUCAGGUCACUAGGUCAAAGGUCAAGGUCACAAUGACUUGAAACAGUAUAAUGAUUUCCGGAUGAUGACUCAAGAAUGCUUACGCCUAGGAUCAUGAAACUUCAUAGGUACAUUCAUCAUGACUGGCAGAUUACCCCUAUCGAUUUUUAGGUCACUAGUUCAAAGGUCAAGGUCACAGUGACUCGAAACAGUAGAAUGGUUUCCGGAUUAUAACUCAAGAAUGCUUAGGCCUAGGAUCAUGAACCUUCAUAGGUACAUUGAUCAUGACUGGCAGAUGACCCCUAUUGAUUUUCAGGUCACUAGGUCAAAUUUCAAGGUCACAGUGACUCGAAAUAGUAAAAUGGUUUCUGGAUGAUAACUCAAGAAUGCUUACGCCUAGGAUCAUGAAACUUCAUAGGUACAUUGAUCAUAACUGGCAGAUGACUCUAUUGAUUUUCAGGUCACUAGGUCAAAGGUCAUGGUCACAGUGACUCGAAACAGUAAAAUGGUUUCCGGAUGAUAACUCAAGAAUACUUACGCAUAGGAUCAUGAAACUUCAUAGGAACAUUGAUCAUGACUGGCAGAUGACCCUAUUGAUUUUCAGGUCACUAGGUCAAAGGUCAAGGUCAAAGUGACUGGAAACAGUAAAAUGGUUUCCAGAUGAUAACUCAAGAAUGCUAAGGCCUAGGAAUGAAACUUCACAGGUACAUUGAUCAUGACUGGCAGAUGACCCCUAUUGAUUUUCAGGUCACUAGGUCAAAGGUCAAGGUCACAGUGAC